AACUAGCAGGCUUCUGUUUUUGGGCCAAUUCUUGCAAAGACACCAUUUUGUGCUGAAAACAAAAGCCCAUUCCAUCAUGCCAUUAAAGACAGGACUUCUCCUCUCUCUGUUUAUGGUCACCCUCCAUGCCACCACAAUCAAAGAUCUGAACAGCCCAGAUACUUGGUCUGAAGUCAGAAACAUGAAUCACAAAAACUUAAUUGGGCUUCUAAGACCAACCAAACAGACAGAAGGAGCCAAGGGGACCUUUGACCUGGUCAGACCCCGUGCAAAGAGGUCUUCGUUCUUCCAGUCUGGGGUGAAAGUCUGUCCUCAGGAAACCAUCAAAGAAGUGAUGUCCAGCCACCGUGCAUAUUACAAGCUGAGAGUUUGCCAGGAGGCGGUGUGGGAGGCCUUCCGUGUCUUCCUGGACAGGCUCCCGGACAACGCCGAGUACCAGAGGUGGGUGUCGGCCUGUCAGCACCAGUCUCUCUGCAUCGACGACCUGGCCAGGAACUUCAGCCACUCUCAGGAGCACAUUGAAAUGGUGCAAAAGAAAGUGCUGUCACAUGAGGAGAAGCAGCAGGAAAGACAGGGGAUGACGACAGUGCAUGGCACACCAGAAGAAGCCACAACUGGAACUGGAGCUGGUGGUGCUCAGGCGGAGCAUCCCAACGUUGUGCCAGAGGUGAUGGUGGAGCAGGUGGUGGAGUUCAGCAUCACCAUUGCGGACCCCAGCUACAGGGCAGACCUAAGUGAUCCCAACAGCACUGAGUACCAGGAACUCACACGCAGGCUGCACGACCAGAUGGUGCGCGUGUUUGAAAACCUUCCAGGAUUUAAGGAGAUCCGAGUGCUGGGCAUCAGGGCGAAGGGAGAGUCGGUCCGCUGCGCCGUGGUCUUCGAGACCGACGCGACCGGCUGCAGCGACUACAUGGACGAGAUCGUGGACACGGCAGACCUGCACGGGGGUCCUGGAGACGGGCCCAACCUGCAGGACAUGGUGGCCAAAGCCCUGAGCGAGCAGAACUCCCUGCCUCUGGACAUAAACUCUCUCAGCUUCGGACCCGGUACAUCUCCAGAGCCAGACUCCCACAAUGAGCUAACGAUGUCUACCAUGCAGCCCUCAGCUGAAGUGGAAAGGCCAUGGCUGAAUGUCCCUCUGGCCCCUGUGGAAAGGGACAAUGACCUGGAGACCCUUCUGGAACCCACAGCUGUACCAGAAGAGGAGGCUGUCAAAAAGACUAGUAUCUCUGGGGUCGCUGCGGUUCUAGAGCAUUCUACAGUCACACCCACGAGUAAUGUUCCUGGCCCUGUACUCAGAGGGGACGCGUCUGAAGCUACCACACACAUUCUCAACGCCGAAACCGUGGUGACCCCACCCUCACUUGACGCGGUUGCCUUGGGCGAUGCAGCAGAGCCAACCAGCUCCCCUCAACCACCGACAGAGCCGAUUGGUCCUCCCCAGCCUGAAGGGGGCGCAGGCACAGGGGAGGACGGACAACUUCCUCCUGUAGACCAUGAGGCAGCAGAACCUGAAGGUGAAAGCGUUGUCCCACAGGUACCUACAGGCUCUACUGUGGAGGACGGCGUUCCAAAGGUGACCCUCCGGCCAGACGGCACCACAGUAGAAGUGACAACCACCGUGGUGGCCGAUUCCCCAGAGGACAAUGAGAUAAAGGAAGGUGUCGAGCCCCCGGAGGAAAUCCCUGAGCUGCACGACGUUUCCACUCCGCCAUCUACGGGACCAGGUCCCUCUGGGACAGCGUUCACCUCUCCAACCACCACUGAAGUUGUGAGAGGAUCCACAGCGGUGCCCGCCGCUACAGAACCAGCGACCACCGUUCCCACCGUGCCUCAGGCCACGGUCGCCCAAACCCCUACAGAGCCUGUCGUCACGGUAACGGAAGAGCGUGCGGUUCACGACGAGGAGGAGAGGCCUUCGCCGCCGCCCACGGCCGAGGGGGUGGCUGACGUGAACGCUGGCGAGGGGGACGCCGUGGAGAACCCUGACGGUGGAAGCGCGGAAGCCAGCGGCGCGCUGGACUACGGCGGCGGGUUCGAGACCGGAGACCGCCCCUUCGAGGCCACGCCCUCCCCGCCCCUCAGAUACAUAACCACGCCCUCCAUGACCACAGCAAGCAAGGGCAAAGAGUUAGUGGUGUUCUUUAGCUUGCGGGUCACUAACAUGGUGUUUUCAGAUGACCUGUUCAACAAGAGCUCGCCUGAGUACCAGUCGCUGGAGAAUACCUUUCUCGAACUGACACAGUUCACUAAGCCCAAAGACUGGCAGAACCCAGGGGCCUCGCAGAAAUCAGAGAGCUCGGGGCAGAGGACUUUAGCGUCAAUACCGCUUCUUCCGUAUCUGCAGUCUAAUUUAACGGGAUUUAAAGAGCUGGAGGUUCUCAACUUCAGGAACGGCAGCGUCGUGGUCAACAGCAAAAUGAAGUUUACCAAGUCGGUGCCAUAUAACAUCACAGAGGCCGUGCAGUGUGUCCUGGAGGAUUUCUGCGACUCGGUGUCCAAACAUCUGGACAUUGAGAUUGACAGCCGUUCCCUAGACGUAGAACCAGCCGAUCGAGCAGACCCUUGUAAGUUUCUGGCCUGCAACGAGUUUUCCCGGUGCGUGGUAAACAAAUGGACCAAAGAGGGCGAAUGCCUGUGCGAUCCAGGAUACAGCAGCGUGGACGGACUGCCCUGCCAGAGCAUCUGCACCCUGACGCCGGACUACUGUCUCAAUGGCGGGCAGUGUGAGAUAGUCCCGGGUCACGGAGCUACUUGCAGAUGUGCUGUUGGCAAAUACUGGCACUUUCAUGGAGAACACUGCUCUGAGCUGGUGUCGCUCUCCAUAGACCCCCUGGUUAUUGUAGCCUGCCUCGUGGGGUCUCUCAUCCUCGUUUUUGCCAUCAUAGGGGUCUUGAUAUUCAUAAACAAGAAAUGCGUUGGGACCAGAAAGACGGUGACUUUGGUACACACUCACAGUCCUUUUGCAUUUGGGAGCACCAGGAGGGUGAACCCAGUUUUUGAGAAUGAUGACAGUGUCUUGACCCGGUUGUCCAGCUCGCUUUGCACUUCGAGCACAGACGGUAGUUCCUCGGGUUACUCCGGGGCAGAAACAUUACGUGCGUACCGCAACCUACACCUCAGUAUCGAGAUCCCCAGACAGCUCUACACAACCAGAUCAGACAAGUUAGUGACCGAGAUGGUGGAUUUCCAUCAUUGUAUACCACACAACGAGACAUGUCAAUUACCAAACCGGACUCCCUGUUGUCUCAUGAAAACAUCAGAUAAUGAACGCUUUGAAGUGACCGUCUUGUGA